CCUACCGGCCGCACCCCAGCUGGGAAACCACGGAGCCGGGUGUCCGGGCUUCGUGUGCACCAGGGGGGAUCAUCGCGAGUUCUGCUUCUGCCUGGACGGCUGUCCUGGAUCCGGAAAUGUGGCCUCGUUGAGAGCCCUCCGACUGAGCGGGUCUGCGGCACUAACUCAAGGGUGGGAAGUUGGUCUGCACUCCGGCAAUAUGACCAGCCCGGCGGGAGCGAAAAACCAGGAAAUCGACUGUCUUAGUCCAGAAGCGCAAAGACUGGCGGAGGCCAGGCUUGCAGCGAAGCGUGCAGCCCGCGCCGAGGCUCGAGAAAUUCGCAUGAAGGAGCUGGAGCGGCAGCAGAAGGAGGUAGAAGAAAGACCAGACAAAGACUUCGCUGAGAAGGGAUCCCGUAACAUGCCCAGCUUGUCUGCCGCCACUCUGGCUUCUCUGGGUGGGACUUCCUCCCGGAGAGGAAGUGGAGAUACCUCCAUCUCCAUGGACACCGAGGCAUCCAUUAGGGAAAUUAAGGACUCCCUGGCCGAAGUUGAGGAGAAGUACAAGAAGGCCAUGGUCUCCAAUGCCCAGCUAGACAAUGAGAAGACCAACUUCAUGUACCAGGUAGACACUUUGAAGGACAUGCUGCUGGAGCUGGAAGAGCAGCUGGCUGAGUCUCAGAGACAGUAUGAAGAGAGGAACAAGGAGUUGGAGAGGGAGAAGCAUGCCCACAGCGUCCUGCAGUUCCAGUUUGCUGAAGUGAAAGAAGCCCUGAGGCAGAGGGAAGAAAUGCUUGAGAAACAUGGAAUAAUCCUAAAUUCAGAAAUAGCCACCAACGGAGAAACUUCAGACACACUAAAUGGCGUUGGGUAUCAAGGUCCUACGAAGAUGACAAAGGAAGAAUUAAAUGCCCUCAAGUCAGCCGGGGAGGGGACACUUGGGAAAGCCAAAGAAGUGGAGUUGAGAAAGGAAACUGUGGAGAAUAUGGGGAAAGGAGGAGGAUCCUUACAGAAUACUGACCAAGAACAGCCCAGAUCCAACCCAGUAAAGGAGUGUGUGGACAAAGGGGUGUCACAUUCCGGUGAGGAUGCCGAGGACCAGAAACCUGCUGAAGACAGUGCCCUGUCCCCAGGACCACUAGCAGGGGCCCAGUGUGAGCUACAGGUUCAGAGCCAAGCUCAAGAGAACACGUCUCUCCUCAAAAACCCAGAGCAGAUCGAGUCACGUGAGGUCACAGACCAGCCAGAUGGUAGGACCAGAAACUCCUUGGGACAGUCCAACUGCCUGGGAGGUCCAGACAAUGAAGAGUCUGUACCCGCUGCCUUGGGUAUCAAAAAUCAAAGUGAAAACUCGAUAGGUUUGGGGCAAACAUCUGAAGUUGACAAGGCGAGCUGUACAGACUCAAGAGAUGUAGGUGAGGACCAUGCAGAGAAUGCAGUACAGGCAGGGGUAGCUGCCGCUGGGGGACAAGGGGGGACAGUAGCCUCCGGUCCUUUGGAGGGCAGUGAAGACGCCGUGAGUCACAAUGGAGGAAGUGUGAAUGAUGAGGUACAGAAGAGCUUGGAAAGAGAACUCACCCAAGAAGUGGCUGAGCCAGAGGAGGCCCUCAUUCAGAACCCACCGGCAAGCGGGGAAAACCCUUUGAGAAAGGCUGGGGACAAGAAGCCCAUCCAGGCAGAAGUUCAGGCCACCCCUGGGGCUCCCAUAGUGCAGAGCGACCAUCGGGACGCAGCAAGCCCAGGCAGCACAGAUGCCACACAUGCACUGGAUGAGAAAGAACCCGACAAAGAAAAGAGUGAGCAGCAGGCAGGGGCCUUGGACUCACCACAGAAGAAGACUAAGAACAGGAAGAAGAAGAACAAGAAGAAGAAAUCUCCAGCCGCAGUGGAAUCCCACAAAGAUGCCGGCAAAGAGUUAAACCAUCAGAACACGGAAGCGUGUGACCUGGAGGAGGAAGAGCCGAUCCAGUUACCUGACAAAAGCCAGGCAGCAGAAACCCAGAGCGAAGAGAAGGAAAAUCCAGAACAAAAAAUCACAGCAGGUCGCAGUGAAUGUGUCAAGUGCCUAGAAGAUCCUGAAAGUGAGUUUAAUGGAAAACAGAACCAAGGGGGAGAAGAUGGUGCAAAAACCCAGGCAGGGAACAAAACAGCAGAUGGAGACAUGUCGGUGAACAAGGCGGAUGCAGCGCAGUCGCUGGGCACCAGUGCUGAGGGUGAGGAAAUGGAAGACCAUGAUGCUGACGGUCCCGCGGAUGCCUUGGAUCAGAGCAGUCCCCAGUGCAAAGAAAGGGAGAUCUCCCCGACGAAAAAGAAAGGUCCUCCAAAGGAUGCUAAUGAUGCUUCUCAGAGAGGAAGUGAGGAGGGGCAUGUGCUAUCCCAACAUCCAGGCCAGACCGUGGAGAAGGCUGUAGAUGGCUGCAGCGUAGACAACAGUGACCUCUCAGGGGAGCUCAGUUCAGAGAGCGGAAUGCAGGCAAGAGGGCCGGUUGAGAAUAGCAAGAAUAAGGAGGAUUGCACCAUGUCAUGAGGAGGCAGACGGGGGCAGACUGAGUUCCAGAGAGGGCCAAGGACUCAGCACACUAAGCCCAACCUAAGAAUUCCAUCCUUCCACUUCACUGUCCAGGUUCACGACAUAUGACGUGUCAAUCAAGUAUCAACUACUUUAAGUUAUAGACGGUUACUUGUAGAUUUGUAUUCAACCAUUGAUCAUCUGGAUACCAUUAUUUUCACUUUCAGUUCUAGCUGAGAGCAUUCCAUUAGCAUCAGGUGACACCAUGUCCCUGUCAUGUCUGCAUUCCAGGUCGAAACUUAACCAUUUGCUUCAGGCCACGAUGAAUGUGGCUGUGCCUGACCAAAUGUAUCAGCAUCUAGUUGACCAAAACAACAUGCUUAGAAUUCUGUGUCGUGAGCAGUGAAUAGUCAAACUAACAUGUCUCAGUAAAAUAGAUGUAUCUUCAUGUUUGAGCUUAAUAUGUACAUCAUAACCUGUAUGCUAUUAUAUUUAAAGGAGCAAGAUGGGUAAUAAGUAGCAUAUAGGUCACUGGGAGAGAGGAGGAGCUGCACCUCAGGGUAGAGAUUAAUUACUGUAGGGAUUCAAACAGUUCUCAAAAACCACAGAGAGACUAUGUGCCUUUACCUCACGUAAGUGCUGCAUUUUGCACCAAUGCUUUUGGAUUUGAUUGCCAGUGGUACCCAAAUUAAUUUUGUCAGAUAUCUUUGUCACUUCACACAGGUGAUAUGCUAAAUUCAUUUUAUACAAAUAUUUUAUUUUUAUCCUUUUCUGUUAAUGACAAGUUGAAAUUAUAUUUCCUACUUUAGUGUUUAGGGGAAAGAGUCAUUAAAUUUUUUUAACUUUAAAGUUAUCUUCUUGUCUGAAUGUCUACUUAUUAUUAAAAUACAAAAAGUUGUUUGUUCUUAUGCACAGGACUCAUUAGAUUUUGAUCCAACAUUUUGUGUUCGGUAUAAAUAUUUUGUUUGUUGUUUAUCAAUAUUUUCUUAUUGGAAAGUUAUUAUUUUACCUGCCUGAAGGAAAUAAUGUAUUUUCUAUAUAAAGAGCAUUAGGGGAAAAAAUUAUUGUAAAGUUGAAUUUUUAAAGUAAUGGUAGGUAUAAAAUCACAAGGCCAUGUGCUGUGUGACUACUGUUGACAUGUUAUGGGAUCAUGUGAAUUCAUACUACUGUUACAAAGACCAAACCCUCAGUAAAAUUUGAGGCAAACUGAAGUGUCAUAGAAUUGAAAUAAAAACAUUUUAUAAUUUUACAA